AAUAAAUGUAUUAUUUUAAUAUUAAAAACGAGGCUUCAUCUAAAUCACACACACACUCACCUCACUCUCAUUUUCUGACAGGGCACAUGCUGAAGAGAAACAGGUCACAACAUUGUUUUUUAUUACCCCAAAGACCCAUUCUUGCGAUGACAGCAAGCGCUAGCAUUAGCUAGCUUGCUAACGUAAAAAAAAAAAACAAACAAAAAAACCCAAAACAGUCGUCUCAGGUCAUUAGCCAGCUGCACAAGACAUGAAGCGUACGGGGAGGAGACGGAGUUCUGUGUGGGACUGCUUUGAACAAGUGGGGAACUUCGUCCGCUGCACGAAAUGUGACGCUACGCUGAAGUACUGCGGCGGAGCCACCAGCUCCAUGAUGAACCACAUGAGCAGGCACCAUCCGUCCACUGCGCCACUGGACGAAGACGAGAAACCGGUGAUAUGCACCGUUCAGUGCAACGAGGAGGAGAGUUCCGCUAACUCGGACAUCAUGCAGGUUGCUAUCAUGUCACCGAACGUGAACAUGACUGCAAACCCCCACGAGCGUGAGUACGGAGAGAGGAAGCGCCUGAAGCGGAGCUCUGUUUGGGACAUUUUCGUUAAAGUGGACGACGAGGUUCACUGCACGAUGUGCGACACAAAACUUAAAUACAGGAGCAGCACCACUAGCAUGAUGUACCACAUCAAAAACAAGCACCCAGACACAAUGCCAAAUGAUGGUGUGUCACUGGCAACACAUGCAGAGGUGACUGAACUUAUCUCCAGAAUGAUAGAGAAGGACAUGCUUCCCAUCAGCGUUGUUAACGGUGAUGGUUUUCGUGAGCUACUUGCAUACACAGUGCACAACUAUAAAAUGCCAUCUACUGGCGAUAUCACACGCCUUAUUGAAGGCCACUUCCAUGAGAAGGUGGAGGAGCUUGUAGUGCAGCUAAGCAGAGUGGAGAAAGUGGCUCUCACUGCUGACUUCUGGACAGCCCUGCCAUUUCAAAGGUACAUUACAGUUUCCUGCUCGUUCAUAACAGAAGACUGGCAGGGGAGGUCAGCUGUGCUGCAGACACACAAGCUGUCAUCGGACAGUCACGCUACUACAGACAGCAUAACAGAGAGGCUUCUCAGCACUGUGCAGACUUGGGGUAUAGCUGGGAAAGUGACAGCAUGUGUUCAUAAUAACACGCAAGACAUGUUGUCAGCCCAUGCGUGUGCCCGUGUCACCUGGGACUAUGCCACCUGCUUUGCCACUACACUGCAGCUAGCAGUCAGUGAUGGGCUGAGCGAGGAUCUAGUCCGCAUCAUUGUCGCUGCAGGGAAACUAGUCAAGCACUUUAAUCACAACUUGAUGGCAAGUGAGGCCUUGGAGCAGAAACAGGUUCAGAUGUGCCUGCCACAGCACAAGCUUAUCCAGUCGAGCAAAGCUAGAUGGGACACUAUCUGUGAUAUGUUUGAACGGUUACUCGAGCAGCGGUGGGCAAUUAAAGCUGUGCUUUCAGAUCGCACAAUCACCAACAGGCAGGAAGCCCAGACCCUUGAGAUUGAAGAUGACUGCUGGCAAAUAAUAGAAAAUUUCACACCAGUGCUGGCAACGCUAAAAUGGGCAACCACCGUUAUAUCUGCUGAAACAGAGGUGUCCAUUUCAAACAUCUACCCAAUCACGUUCAGCCUCAUUCAAACUCACCUUGUGCCAAAAGACAACGAUGUUGAACAAGUCUCUGAGUUCAAGCUGAAAGUUCAGACGUCACUUAGAAAUCACAUGGAGGUUGACUCUAAUGACCUAGCCUCCAAACCCGCUCUGAUUGCCUCUAUGCUGGACCCUCGUCACAAACAUCUUAGCUUCCUGACACCAACAGGGAGACUGGCUGCAAAGGUUAAACUGCACGAACUGGUUUCAAAGUUAGAUGUGAUAACUACUACUGUGGGCACAAAGGAUGAACAGCAGGAGACCCUGAUCACACCUGAUAUUAGCCAGGUGACUAUGCCGUCACAAAUGAGAAGUGACACCAAAAACACCAUGAUGUUGCUCCUAGGAGACAACUACAGUUCCUCCUAUGCCACAGACUCUGAAGCUCAGGUAGAUUACUACUUGAGAGACAUUGCUCCCUCACUGGACAUAAACCCUCUUGACUGGUGGAGGGUAAAUGGGCCGAGAUUCCCCAAAUUGGCCACUCUGGCGAGACAUUAUUUGUGUGUACCCGGCGUAUCACUGCCGUCCUUACUGUCAGAGGCUGGACAAGCAUUUGCAACAAUGCGUACAAGGCUGAGCCCUGAGCACGUUGACAUGAUGAUCUUUGUAAACAGAAAUGUGUAACUCAAGUAACCCUACGUGAUGAAGAUCUACUCCACCUUCCUGUACAAAUAGUAGAAUAAGGUUACUAUAGGGCUUGCUUAGAUGUUACAGCAGUCAGGAUGGAUGGGGGGGAUAAUUCUUUGUACAUGGUUUGUACAUGGUUGUUACAAACACAUGUUUUGAGUAGAUUUCUUUAUAGUAUUCUACAAAUCAGGAUUAAAAAAACAUGGGGGAAGAAAUGAUGAAGAAAAAUCUCCAGUUACCCUGAUAGGUGACUGAACAUUUGUAUUAUCAAUAUGGAAACUCAUGGAUCAAAUUAACCACUGUGUAAUUAUCAGUAUUAAUGUCAUGUCUGUUGUGUGUCUCAGUAUGCUGUGCCAAGAUAAAAUACAUACAGCUGUAGCAGGUAUGUGA